AUGGCGACUUUAGCUACCACUAUCCCCUCGUCAAGUUCUGCUACUGCUAUCAUAGUUCCUGCCAAACCAAAAGCUUUGCAUAUCACUUAUAGUCAGCUUCGUUCUCACGUUUCGCAAUUUCAAAAAGGGCUUGCCGAUGUAGGCAUAGGACCUCAAGCUGCUGUAUCUAUUGCUCUACCGAAUUCUUAUGAAUUCAUUAUCGCUUUUUUGGCGGCUUCAUGGCAUCGCGCGAUUGCUGCCCCGUUGAACCCAGCUUAUAAGGAAGAAGAAUUCUCGUUCUACAUUGAUGAUCUCAAAUCCGCGUUGAUUCUUGUUCCGAAGGACGCUUUUAAGGGAAACGGAGCCGCAAUACGUGCUGCACGCAAGUACAAUGCCGCCGUCGCUGAAUGUUACUGGAACGGGCAGCAAGUCGUUCUAGAGAUGAAGGACCCCGGUUUACUAUUCGGUACUGCAGUUCAGCCUAUUCAGCGGGCAGAGCCAGAUGACACAGCUCUAGUACUUCACACAAGUGGCACAACAGGGAGGCCAAAAGCGGUCUGUGAGACACUGACAGAGAUGGUAGAGAAUAUUAAGGAUACGUAUCAACUUUCGUCAGCCGACCGCACUUUGUUGGUUAUGCCACUAUUCCAUGUGCAUGGCCUUCUGGCCGGCUUUUUGGCUCCGCUAUUCUCCAACGGAUCUAUUAUUGUUCCACUUCGGUUUUCGGCUUCCGACUUCUGGGAUAAUUACAUUGCUUAUGAGGCCAAUUGGUAUACGGCUGUACCGACGAUCCACCAAAUACUGCUUCGCUCUUCGCCACCUAGAGAAAUGCCUCCAAUUCGCUUCAUCAGAUCCUGCUCGUCUCCCUUGGCACCAAAGGUUUUCCAUGAUCUAGAGAAGGCUUUCAACGCACCAGUAUUGGAAGCGUAUGCAAUGACAGAAGCUGCGCAUCAAAUGACAUCAAAUCCAUUGCCGCCAUCCAAGAGGAUACCGGGUAGUGUUGGCAUUGGCCAGGGAAUGGAGGUGAAGAUCUUGGAUGGUGAAGGGACAGAGAUGGUCCGUAACUACGAGGGCGAAAUUUGCAUCCGGGGAGAAAACGUCACCAAAGGUUACCUAAACAACCCAGAUGCAAAUAUGAGCUCUUACACCCGAGAUGGUUUCUUUAAAACUGGUGACCAGGGAAGGCAGGAUGGGGAUGGAUACAUCUUCAUCACCGGCCGCAUCAAAGAGCUAAUCAAUAAAGGGGGAGAGAAGAUCAGCCCAGUGGAGCUUGACAACGUCGUUGCUCAACAUCCAGCAGUAUCUGAGGCAGUGACCUUUGCGAUUGCUGACAAGAUUUACGGUCAAGAUAUAGGCUUAGCAGUCGUCUUGAACGACGCUGGUGAGGUUAAUCCAAAUGACUUGAAGAAUUGGAUCGCUCAGCGAGUCGCAAAAUUCAAGGUACCGAAGGAGGUCUAUGUUACUGAUGUGAUGCCAAAAACAGCCACUGGCAAGAUUCAACGAAGAACCGUCGCAAAUGUGAUGCAAAACAAGCAGAAGCCAAAAGCCAAAUUGUAG